UACGUCAGCAGCCGUCCAUCAUGUUUUUGUGGGAACGAAAAUAAACAUUCCGCCAGCAUCCUACUCACCUUCCUCUUUCGAAUGUUUUUCAAUGUAUUUGUCUAUAGUGUGUGUCCACGAUCACUCUAUGCACAUGUGUGCACACACCCUUCCGAAAAACCUGUACCUAGGCACGUUAGCGAUCGUUCGCGAAGUUGCGUAUGUGUGCACCUACCAUGCGUCCCCCCAUCAUCGAUGAUCGUUACGCGUGAUUAUUGGUGGCGUGCGAUCGGUAGUGCCGGAGUCGUUUUUCGAACGAGAAAAUAACAACAACAGUGUUUCGGAAUAACGGUGGUAGACACGAUCUGACAGUCGCGCACUACCUUGACACACACCAAUCAGUGCACUCGCGUGUCCCCGGUGGUAUGACAGUUUGAGUCGGAAACGAUUUACAAAUCGAAGCAAGCCGCUAGUAACGCUUUGACAGCUUCGGUUAGUAGUGUGCUGCUAGGAAGAGCUUUUACAAAGCAGGUUGUGCUGAAAAUAUUUGGACGAAUCGUUUGAUUUUGAUUGUUGUUGUUUUAUUAACUUUAAAAGUUCGUUCUGCGAGAAUUGGUGUUGUGUGCGAACAGUUACACCCCGGUGAUAAUAGUGUGCUGUGUGUGUGCAUUUCAGUAUAUCUCGAACUAAACAUAAACACAAACACACCCAACGGCAACAGAUUCGCUCGUUGUAGUGUUCGAAAAGCAGUCGAUACUCAUCGGUAGGUUUGGUUUUGUACAAGACACGAGACGCCAAAAAUAGGGCAGAGAGAGCCCCCCUUUUGUGAUCGAAAAGUGAUCUUGUGCAGAACGAAAUGGGUGUCAUCAAAGAUAACUUCACCAAGAUCCGUGAUCAAUGCAAGGAGCUAAUCCUCACAGACAAACAGAUCGAGGAGAUUAUGCGACGGGUGAUCAAGGAAAUUAAUCGAGGACUCAGUAAAGAAACGCACGCCGAAGCGGACGUCAAAUGUUUCAUCACCUACGUACAGGACCUGCCAAAUGGGAAAGAAAAGGGAAAAUUUCUGGCCCUCGAUCUUGGUGGUACCAAUUUCCGAGUGUUGCUGAUCCACCUGAAGGAUGAGAAUGACUUCGAAAUGCUGUCGAAGAUUUAUGCCAUUCCACAGAGCAUUAUGCUCGGUAGUGGGACGCAGCUCUUUGACCAUAUUGCUGAAUGUUUAGCCAACUUUAUGAAGGAACACUCAGUGUACCAGGAACGUUUACCGCUAGGAUUCACAUUCUCAUUCCCGCUAACGCAGUUGGGUCUUACCAAAGGUAUUCUCGCCCGAUGGACGAAAGGUUUCAACUGUGCCGGUGUCGUCGGUGAGGACGUUGUGCAGCUGCUGAAGGAUGCUAUCGCCAGACGGGGGGAUGUACAAAUUGAUAUCUGUGCCAUCCUGAACGAUACUACUGGCACACUGAUGUCCUGUGCGUGGAAGAAUCACAACUGCAGAAUAGGAUUGAUUGUCGGUACGGGAAGUAACGCGUGCUACGUAGAGAGAGUGGAAAACUGCGACCUCUUCGAUGGCCCCAAGGAGGGACCAAACAUUAAGCAGCAUGUGCUGAUAAACACCGAAUGGGGCGCGUUCGGUGAUGACGGUGCACUUGAUUUCAUACGCACGGAGUACGAUCGUGAGAUCGAUCAGCACAGUAUAAACCCGGGCCGACAGCUGCAAGAGAAAAUGAUCUCGGGUAUGUACAUGGGCGAGCUGGCUCGUUUGGCGAUAGUAAGGUUCACGAAGGCAGGCCUUCUGUUCGGUGGUGUCGGAUCCGAUAUUCUCUUCAAGCGUGGCCAGUUCUUUACGAAAUACGUUUCGGAAAUUGAAUCGGACAAACCGGGAACGUAUUACAACUGUCGGGAAGUGCUGGAAGAGCUGGGUCUCGAGCACGCGACCGAAGAGGACUGUGCGAAUGUGCGCUACAUCUGCGAGUGUGUAUCCAGCCGGGCGGCUCACCUCGUGUCGGCCGGUAUUGCGGCAUUGAUUAACAAAAUGGAUGAACGAAGCGUGACGGUUGGUGUUGACGGUUCGGUGUACCGUUUCCAUCCCAAGUUCCAUGAUCUAAUGGUGCAAAAGAUCAGACAGUUCGUCAAACCACACAUUUCCUUCGAUCUGAUGCUCUCGGAGGAUGGUUCCGGUCGUGGUGCAGCGCUAGUAGCGGCUGUUGCCUGUCGUGAGGCACAGUAAACGCCUGCUUCCGAUCAGAUCGCACCGGAAUAGCACCGAGUUGAAGUGAGAAACCGAACACUACCUACACUAAACCGUGUGUGUGCGCGAGCGCGUGUGACCAGAUAUGGUGAAAAGUUUGGUGCAGCUGCGUAGCUACUCCCCAGUCGCCGGUAUACUGUUGCGAAUGUCCACCGACAUCAGCACACGCGCUUCAGACUCUUUUUUUGUGUGUUGUAACGUUAUCAUUCUCCAUUGGGUUUUUUGUCACAUGGAACGAACGGGCGGUCACACGGCAGAAACCACCACACUCGCGAAUUGAUGAAUAAUGGGCUACAAUAAUAAGUGAAAGCGUGCAGUAGAGUGACCACCUCACCGCGACCUAGUUGCGUACAAACGUUCACAAUUCUCACCCUAACGUAACUAGUGAUUUAUAGAGUAUAUAUACAUAUUAUAUAUAUAGUGAAAGAAACAAUGUUGAUCAAUGAAUAGGAAAAGCAAAGCAAAUCAUUUUAUUAGAAAAAGGGCUCUGGAGCACAGCUUCUGUCCUCCGCCUGAAUCCCCACCAUCACCACCGUACAUUGACAAAAAUGAAUUCUUGCCCAGAACUACCGCAUCGCACGGGAAGAAAGUACAGGAACUCGUUCGCAAACGAAAAUGCUGCCAGACUAUGAGGAGUACUACCUCACACGGGCAAGAAGUGCUAGUAUAUGCUAGGAAAAUCGGAUAAGCAAAACAACCGGAUGUGUAAAUUAUCUUUCGAUCGGCCACAAGCGCAUCAAUGAGUGUGAAAAAAUGUGAUUUUUUUUUCGUUUUUUCGAAGUAGGAGCCAUUUCCGUAUCCUGUUUUAGUUUAAUUAGAAUAUGUCGAAAAUUCAGAUUCUUCACUUUCUUUGAUUUGAUUUAUACAGAAUCGCUUUCAUCGUAGCAAAAGUUCCAGAAAGUAGAAAAGAUUCAAGAUCCACCUCGACACAUUCUAGUUCAAUUUGAAUGGAGCACUGCAUUGGUUUCGAAUUUUCCACUUGAACGCGAAAGUCUCUGUAUUGCCAUACAGUAUGCGAAGUCUUGAAGUGUGGAUUGUGUUUAGUUUUGCUUCGGUGGAAUAUAGACGAGCUUCGGUACUGAUGAACAACGGUGUGUGAACUCCGCUGGUAGUAAGCGAUCGCAUGAGUUAGUCGAUAGCAAAAAAAAAGAGCAGGGAGAAUUUAAACCCUUUUAAAACAUAGAAAACCUUUUAAAGUAAACUAUGACGUCCGGAUGACAAAGGCUUGUACCGGUUGUAUCCGUUGGUUUUGAAAACAAAAAAAAAGUUAAUCACUGUUUAAGGAGAUCGCUAAGAGCGUUACUAAACAAAGGAGAGCGAGCAAAAGGGUGGCCAAGGUUUUGAGUUAGUGUUGUAGAUUGUACAUUGUUUUAAAUUAGUUACAAUUCUUAGUGUUACUGUAUUUUUUUCUCUUUUUUUCAAUCGCGAAAUAAGGAAAGAAUCGAGUGCUAACAACUGAAGCAGAAGGUGAAUGUAACUAGCGAAGGGGAAAGGCAGGGAUGAAAACGGAUGAAAACAUAGACAUACAUUGAUAAGUGAAGAAAGUUGCAAAAUAGGGUAGAAAAGUAAGAAAGAUAAUAUCCCUCAAACCCAGAACGAGGCAGCAAAUAAAACAAAAAAAACCGUUAGUGCUGUUUUAUGAUGUGUAAUAAAGUUAAAUACUGGAAAAAAAGUGAAAACGAAGAAUGUGAAUGAAAUUCAAGCACGCAAACGAAUAGGACUAGUGACUGAUGAAACAACGGAAGGAUUGAUAUCCCGGAACGGAAGGAUAUGUGCUGCCUUGACUCCAUUUACCGUUUAGUUUAUAGUGUAUAGUUAGAAUUGUUGAUUUUUUUCUCUCCGGGAACAUUAGUUUUAGUGGGUUUAUUAGGUUUGAAUUGUUUGCAUAAUUUUACAUUUAUGUUGUACUGGUAGCAUGUUGGCCUGAUCAUGUACAUAUCCUCCAUGGAACAUAGGCUAACACGUACGAAAGUAUAUCGAACCCCUUCGCUGCAACAGAGACAGUUAUCUAAAUUCUUCUACGCUUCAAAAAAAUACAAGGGAGGGCUCUAACCCAAUGUGAGAAAUUUGUAACAACGAUAUAGCAAGCCAGACUUGAUUUCUUUUGAUUUAACUUAAGCUAGUCGAUAUAUACACCCGCAACGGACACUGAAACGCCAUCGACGCAGACAAGUUUGUUGAAACAUUUUGGAAAAAUGUUGAUGCUCUUAUUAGUUUACCACAGUACAUUGUUCAUGUUCCAUCAAUAAGUCGCAUCGUGCGAAACAAUGCAGAAUUGCGAACCAGAAUGAAAAGUAAUUUCAUUUGCAUGGCAACCAACACUAUUCCACAGCGAAAUACAGUCAUACUAAACUGAAUCGGAUUAGUAGCAGAUAACAAUAUGUAUGAAAUAUAUUAAAUUGAAAGUAUUA